GUAUAACUGUAAACUGUAUGUACAAAUUGAACACUAAACAAUCCACCAUCUGGAAAACUGCCUGCCGGAACCCUCUCUCUUCCAUUGCGCUUUAAGAUGGAGGACAGAAACAUCACAUUGAAAACCAAGCCUGGUGCCCCCCUCCAUGUAUCAAUCGCCCACCACCAGCCGCAGGACGAGAGACAGUUAUCUGACACCCUGGUUGUAUUUCUGAACGGCCUUGUACUCCCUCGCGCCGGCUGGUUUGAAACAGUCGAGCAUCUCUCCAAACUCCGCAGCGAUUCCAACCAGCCGACGCCUGCUCUACUCUGCUAUGAUCGGUACGGCCAAGGGAAAUCAGACUCGGACCCGUUUGACAUCCAGGACUCGCCUUACGGACACGAUGCUCGUGCCGCCAUCGCUGACCUCCAUCAGCUUCUCAUCCAGGUUUCCCAGGAUGAGCUCCACCGCCAGGUCGAAGACCUUCGCAUAAUUCUGGUCUGCAACUCCAUCGGAUGUCCUCUCGCCCGCCUCUACGCGGCCGAGCACCCAGGCCGUGUGGGGGCGUACCUCUUCCUAGACUCGAUGAUGGCCAACACAGAUUUCGUUUCCGUGUUCCCCGACCCGGCCGAGCCCGACUUUGAUGAAAGCCAGCUGGCGGAGGGCGUCACGGCCGAGGGGUUGCGACAUGCGCGGGACAAGUUCCGCGAGUUCUUCCACCCGACGGUGCCGAAUUCGGAGCGUUUAGACCGGAGAAACCUCAGGGAGCUCCUGCCGCAUGCGAGCGAACCCGCCCUACCCAACGCCCCCGGGGGCGAUCCUCCGCUCUUGACGGUGGUGGGGCAUGACUGGGAUGAGUUUGCGGACCAGUGCGAGAAGGGCCCACUAGCUGUACCCAAGGCUAUCAUCAACACGUAUAUGAACCCGGCCUGGGGUACGUAUAAUGAGGGCUUGACUCGCCUCGUGCAGGUGACGAGUGACGUCAAGAUUGCAAAGGGUUGCGGCCACUUCAUUCAAAAGGACGACCCGGCCUUUGUAGCGGGUAAGAUCGACGGCAUUUUAAACGAGCUGCGGAAUCGUGGACAAUAGUUUAAAGCCGCCGCCCUGGACACGUCUACGAAAAGGUCUAGGGGCAGACCUCUGGAGUCGGGAACGGCGCUAUAUCGGAGCGGGAAGAGAGAGAGGACGUGACAGACCAGAUGGCAGAGGACAGUGCAGAAAGAAAUACA